CGCAGCCCCGCGACCACACGCCACCGCCGGUCCGCCGGUGCCUGGUGGCGGCGCGCCCAUGCGCUGCCUCGACACGACGCCCGCGCCGCCAAACCCAGUGCCAGCUCUGCCGCCAGCAUCCACUCCUCGAGCGAGCCCUUCGACCCCUCUGUACUGACGACCGUCGUCGGAUGGAACCCGGAGUGCGCCGAUUCGCAUCAAGCGGCGGGAGCUAGCUCAGACAUGGGAAGUGAGCACUAUUGCCUGAGGUGGAACAAUCAUCAGAGCAACCUGCUGGGAGUAUUCAGCCAGUUGCUGCACGACGAGAGCUUGGUGGACGUCACGCUCGCGUGUUCCGAAGGUGCCUCCAUACGGGCUCAUAAGGUAGUACUGUCUGCGUGCUCAUCGUACUUCCGAUCGCUGUUUGUAGACCAUCCGUCGCGUCAUCCUAUCGUGAUCCUGAAGGACGUCGGCUUGGAGGAACUACGCACGCUCGUCGACUUCAUGUACAAGGGCGAGGUCAACGUCCAGUACUGUCAACUGCCAGCUCUCCUUAAGACUGCCGAAAGCCUUCAGGUGAAAGGAUUAGCUGAAAUGACCACUUUAAGCGCAGCCGGCAUCGACACGCGAAACGUGCAAGAACCGAUGGAGGAGAGUCAACCCCAAGACAUGCGAGAAUGUACGGAACCGCAUGAAAGGUUAGAGGACAGAGAAAUACGAGAAAAAGAAGAGAGGCGGGAAGCCAAAGAAUUGCGUGAAAGAGAAUGCAAAGAAAGCCGUGACGGGAGGGAGAUUCACACGAGGGACAGUAGAGAAGGACUGGGACGGGACUUACAAAGAGACAGAGAACAACGAGAACGUGAGCGUGAGCUAAGAGAACCACGUGAUCUACGAGAUUUAAGAGAUUCAAGAGAAUGUCGGGACUUACGAGAGUCCAGGGAAAUACGGGAUUCUCGAGAAAACCGUGAGCCACGUGAUUUGAGGGAUAUACGUGAUCCAAGGGAUCUUCGGGAAGGGCGGGAUCCGCGAGAAGGUCCAGAUACGUCACCUCCUAGAAUAUCUCCUUUGCUAUCGGUUCGUAGAUUUAGGUCAGAAACAUCAAUCGAAGCGCCCACAGCAAUACAUCCGUCAAUACCGAAAGACGAACCGCCGGACGAGCCAAUACGUCCACCCUCUACCGAAGAUGACACAAUAUCCAUCCGAUCGAAUGGUGAUAAUAUAGUUGGUGCUGCCAUUAUAAGAAAGUUAUGGCGUGGUUUUUCCUCUACAUACCAAGGUAUUAAUAUGACGAUUAACAGUCACAGUAGCGGCAGCGUGCUUGGGCCACGCUAUUCGCCAGUAGAGCAAAGACUGAGUGUUCUGAACGCCUUGCCACAUCCUGGGCUUCCUCAUCCCUCGCAUGCAUCGCUGCCAAGUCCAAGAAAUGAACCUAUUGCUGGUCCAUCAGGGUUGCCGCCAGUUCAACAAGUACCACUAUCGCUGAAAAAGGAAAUAGAUUGGGAUCGGAGUAAUGAAGACAAAUUAGGUGAAGCAUCAACGGAUUACCGGAUGCCACAUGAAACGAUGUGUUUGGACAUGACCUGCGGGUCCCCCAGUAUUCCGAGCCCGAUCCCGCCUCGGAGCCCGACGGCGCUGCCUCUGUGGUCGCCCCUGCUGGCGUUGCAGGCCUGCCGCCUGCGCCGCUACCUCAGCGACGACUGCAUGGCGUACCAGAGCCGACACCUACUUCACGCUGAGCGGCGCCGUUGCGGCGUCUGCCUCGCCUCAUUCCCCUCUGCCUGGCUGCUCGAGCGCCACGCCGCGCUGCAGCACGCAUCGCAAACCGCCUGCGACGACAAGCCCUUCGUGUGCGAGCAGUGCGGCCAGAGCUACAGGUACAGGUCCGCGUACGUAAAGCAUAGGGAGCAAAACCACCGAGCGCGGCUGCCCGCCGAUAAGCUGUUCACAUGCGACGUUUGCGGCAUGCAGUUUCGAUAUCUGAAGUCGUUCAAAAAACAUCGCCUCAACCAUACUCUGGAAAGACUUCACACAAAAAACACGGAGCCCGUCGAGGGUAUCGAUCAGGUAACCAGCACCAACGAGGUCUUCGGUCGGUGCGGAGAAAUGGAUCUAUCGAUAAAGACGAGAAACCGACCCGAAGCGAACAGAACACCGCCCAUCGAAGUGAUCGGCGACGCCGAGCAAGACAGCACCGUCGACUCCAACGGGCCGACCGACUCCAUCGUGACGGUCGACGACUCCACCGAUUGCCGAAACUCGAGCGCAGAGAGCGAAAAUAAAAGAGACGCCGAUACGCCCGUGAGCGAGAGGAGACGCGUACCCGUGUCGUUCGCUAGCAUCAGCUCGAUGGCGGACAGCUCCGAGAGCGAGUCGCGUACGGACAGCAACAGGCUGGAGAGCUCAAGCUCCCACUCGGGCAUUCUCGGCUUCCUGCAGAGCGACGACCGGCAGCGGGACCGAGAGCGGCGGUUCGCGUGCCCUUUCUGCGGCAAGUGCGUUCGCUCCAAGGAGAAUCUGAAACUGCAUGUGCGUAAGCAUACAGGCGAAAGGCCGUUCGUGUGUCUGUUCUGCGGACGCGCGUUCGGCGGCAAGAGCGAUCUGACUCGGCAUCUGCGUAUUCACACGGGCGAGCGGCCGUAUCACUGUGAGGCGUGUGGCAAGUGCUUCGCGCGCGCCGACUACCUCUCGAAGCACCUCACCACGCACGUGCACAACGCCCGUUAACUCCUCUCUCCUCCCGCUAGCGCCGUCCCCUUUUCCAUCUUUUCAUACCUCUAUAGUUAAUGACCGAGUCAUACUAUUGUAACGGCAAAUUUUAAUAUUUUUUGUAAAGAGUUUUUUAAAGUUUACUACAUUAUUGUGGAUAUAUCUAAGAAGGUCUAAUUAGAAGUCUACAUAACUUUUUUAUUUUCUAAGGUGAUCGUAUAGUUUAUAUAAUAAUUUUCGGAUAUUUAUUUUAUAGGAAAUAUAUGAGAACGAGGAUUUCGUUACCUCCUGAUAAAAUAUGCACAUGAUUGUCAAAUUAUCAUACAGCGAUUCCAUACGUUAAGUCAAUGCUUUCUUGAAGACGGUUUGCUUUGUUGUUCUUUUUAUUUAGGUUACGUAAAGCUUUUAAUUUAUUUAAUAUCUAUAAAUGAUGAAUUUGAGUUACCUUGCGUUUGUCUAAGACUUUGUUUGCGGCAAUUUUAUUUAAUUAAAUCGAGUCAGGGGCCCCGAGGAUCACUGAACUUUUUGAUAAGUUGUAAAGAAGUUAAUUUGCCAUAUAUUUGUUUGCACACAUUACGUUAUAAUAAGAUUGACAACUCAUUCCAUUGAAGGGAACCUAGGAAAAUUGUAGUGGUGUCGAUAGGUUAGUAGGAGAAUGCAAAAAAGCUGUGAUUCAUACGAUUAAGACCAGUCAAGAAGAUUUAGAACAUCGAAAAAAAAAUGUUUUAUGUAACGUAAUUUUUAAAUAUUAUUUAACGUUUAGAUAUAAAUGAAUAGUAGAUUUAAGAAAUCUCUCUGUGCCAAAACGCGUACCUCAUAAAAAUAAACACUUCAUGUAGAUAAACUAAUGGUGUAGAAUUGUUUGUUUUAGAUUUCAUUAUUACAAUAACAGUUGCAAAGUUCAUCGAAGUUUGAAAUAUUUUUGAUCCUUUUGAUCGAAAGCUACAGUUAAAUAGGUGUAUAAUUUCAGACAGUCAAUCCUAAUCCAUAUUGAAAUGCCAACACUAGCUCGCGUCCGUUGCUCCGAUAUUUUUUAAAUACUAAUACUGCCAUUGUUGUGAUAUUAUUUGUAUAACUGUAAAUUGUGAGACACAUUUUAAACGAUAGUAGGAAGUCUUGUUUAUCCAAUUUGUCAAUAUAUUUCAUUGCAAUAUAAUUUUCAGAGAUUUUUUUUAAAGUGAACAUUUUUUUUCUAAACAAUAUU